ACUUCUGACUUCUCCAUCCGACUUCCUCGAUUGAGAAAAUUCCUUCGAUGCUUCUUCUUCUCCUUUCCCCUUCAUCUGAGUUCUGGCACGAAAAACACCUAUCCCGCCCUUAACUCCGUGGCUAAUCUGACUAGAAGGGGCUACUUAAUAGUCAUGACGCUUAUCCUCAGGUUCGUUGGAUGUUGUACUGUUGUUAAGAGCACACAGAAGUGACUUGUCAUCACAAAAAAUCCCUCCCAAUUGUUUGAAUUGGUGUUCAUGAACAAAUGAACAAUGAGGUAUUCUCAGCUGAUUCCAAGAGAUAUUUGAUCUUAUAGCAUUACAACAAAUUAUUCAAGAUAUGGAGAAAGUGGUAGCUACAGUCAGUGGAUACCAGGGGUCCCAGCGAUUCAACCUCAUCAAAUUGAUUGCCAAGGCCGGUGGAAACUAUGUUGGAACGAUGAAUGAUUCCGUAACUCACUUGGUAUGUUGGAGAUUUGAAGGAAGGAAAUAUGAACUUGCCAGGAAGUCAAGAAAAACAUCCAUUGUUAACCACAGGUGGAUCGAAGACUGUCUUAAGAAAGGAAAACGUAUCCAAGAGCAUCCCUAUACAUUACAAUGCGGAGAAGAAGUUGGUCCAGUGCUGAUGAACACUACACCUGUCAGUGAAAGUAAUAUAUCCAGUGAGUACAAUUCUAAUGACUCAUGGACUGACAAUGCGUUUGAGGAAUAUGUUCCAAAUCUUGGAAUACACAGGCAUAGAUCGGGGAAGAAAAAUAAUAGCAGAAGCCUUAAAUGUGACAAUAAGUUAAGCAGCAGACAUCAUCUUGAUGAUUCUUCUAUAUCAGGCUCACAGAGGAUAGAAACUGAAGAAUUUCUUAGAACAAAGAAGAGAGGAAGAGACUUGCCUGAAACUUCUCAUAAACGUCGUAGACUGGUGAAAAAGAACUUUACUGAUGUGCUGGAAAUUUCAGAUUCAGAACAAUUAAGCCCACCAAUGCAGCCUUUGCCAGGAGAUGAGAGUAUUAUGCAAUCUUACAAUGUAAAUCCUGAGAGGCAUGAAGACAUAUUUAAUGAUUGUGAAACUAGUCAAACUACUAAUAUGAUCAAUGGCAAACCUGAAAAAAUUGGGAAUAUGAUCAAUGGCGAAAGUUCUUUAUCCUCAUUUAAGUCACCACCAAAGCAGAUGCAGGUUGUUGGUGUAGACACGAAAGAGGAAAGUUCUAUAAGAUUGCCCACAUCACCUGAGCUUUCCUGUGUGAUAUGCUGGACAGAUUUUAGCUCAACUCGAGGUUUGCUGCCUUGUGGCCACCGGUUUUGUUUCCCGUGCAUCCAGAGCUGGGCAGAUCAAAUGGUAUCACGAGGAAAAACUUCAACAUGUCCUCUGUGCAAGGUUGGCUUUGCUAGUAUUACCAAGGUUGAUGCUGCUGUAUAUUCUGAUCAGAAAAUAUAUUCUCAAACUAUUCCUCACGAUCGUCCAGGAACAGAUAUUUAUAUUCUUCCUGGUGGAGAAACAUCUCAUUUUCCAGCUAAUGCAACAAUAAUGCCUCCAACCUGUUGUCAAUGCCUUGAGCGAGAACCAGAGGAACUUCUUAUCUACUGUCACGUUUGCCAGGUUCGAUGUAUACAUGAAUAUUGUCUAGAUCCACCAUUGCAACCAUGGACUUGCAUACACUGCAAAGAUAUACACAGGCGUUAUCUAACUUAUUACCGUCCCAAUUGGUAGCUGACUGCAGAUUAUGUAUUUGAAGAGCCGUUUACCAGUUGCAAACAUUUGUUUGCUUCCUAUUUAGGACUUUAUUGUAUCAUUGUUACAUAACAGGAUUAAGCAAACUCAAUUAGGUCUGGAAUAAUUCGUCCCUCGGUGAUUCCUAUUUAUCUACAAAAAGCUUUCAGUUAUUUUCAUUAUCUUAUGGAAAAUGCAUAGCAUCUGUCUGUUUUCUCGUUGCUUCUUUGGGCUAUGAUAUUGCUGUACUCCACCUUUG